AUGGAAGAUUUCGGAGGUAUGUUUGGNAUUUUAUAUAAAAUAAUGAAAAAUGAUAAUUUGCUUGUAAAUUAAUAACCUAAGAGUUCUAUAAAUAACUAGAAUUCAUCUCCAAAAAAACAAUAUACUCCUUUAGAUACAAUGUCUUAGAUUAUAUAAUUUAAUCCUUAAUCUUCAAAUCAGAAAUCAUAGUCUCCUCAUAGACCAAAGGAUUAACCAAAGCAAAGCUUUUACUUUAUACAGGAUGAUGGUUUAAGAUAAUAAGAAACAUCUUAAAAGUUUAAUGAAGUUAAAAAUAAUUAUCAUAUUACUAAGCAGUUAACAAAUAGAAAUGAUAAAUAAAGAAAAUAAAUAGAUUUAUCUAGUAAUGUAUUUGAGAAUAGCAAAAAUAUAGAUAUGAAUUUUAAAUCCCCUGAAAAUUAAUAAUUAAUUAAUACAUCAGUGGAAUGGACAAAUGUGCAUUAUGGUAAAGUACUAACAUCAGUGAAUGAGAAAGCAGAAUUUGGAAAAGAUUAUGCUAAAUAAAGGAAACAUUAAGAGUUACAACAAUAAUAUCAGGAAGGCUCUAAGCAUAAAAGCCCUUCAAAAAUAAUAGAGAAUGAGAUUAAUAUUUAGUCAAAGAAAUAAAAUCAAUAAUUUUCUGAUAUUUUUGGACAAGAAUUGGGAAACAAAGAAAGAAAAUGGUUAAGACCUUAACGUAGUCUCUCACCUUAAAUAAAAUGGACGACCUUUGAUAGUAUUAGAGAUUAUAAAGAUUUUGGAGAUAUGAGAAUUAAAGUAACAUUACAUUAUAUAUAAUAAAGGAAUCUAAACUACGUUCAAUACAAACAGAAGAUCAAAAGGAUAAUUAGAAAGAUUAACAUAAAUUAAAUCAUCCUUUGACAUCACCAUUUUUUGAUGUAGAUAUAUAGUAGUUAUUUUGAUAGUGCCAAAUGUCAUAUGAUAAGAUGAAAGGGUAAUACAAAUAGUAAAAUUAAUUAAAAUAUGUAGAGAUUGGAUCAUAAAAGAAAUUUGGGUAAGAGAAAAAGAUUGAACUGAGUAGUAGUAAUAAAAAGUAUGAAGGAAUUUAUUCAUGGAAAAACAACUAUUAAAAAUGA